AACCGUUUCGGGUGCCCGCGCCGCGCCGACGAGGCGGUUCGCCCGUUCGCCUCCCCACCAAUUUUUAAUGCGCCGCGCACUGAACACGGUCGUCGCCCGCGGGCCGCCGGAGCGCAUCAUUUUUUUUUUUUUCUUUUCGUACACUCUUUUACCAUUUUUUUUUUUUAUCGUAAUCCACUCGCACACACACACACACACACACCCGUCGUCUACGUGGCCCGCCGCCGUCGCCGCUGCGCUCGUCCCCGGCCGCGCCGCGCCGCAGCCCGCAAUAUUAUCCGUGAAACUCUCGUAACCGCCGCCGUAGCACACGGUCGUCCGUUUUUCGCGUACGCCGCCGACGUCCGUGGUUCCGUGGCUGGCGCAGCACAAAAUAAUAUUAUUGCGACGACAUUCGCGCGGGGCUUCCGAUUUUCGUCGUCAUCGCGUCGACGAGUUCAAAUCAUUAUUCGUGUUAUUAAUAAUAAUUAAUUAUUCCGUUCGACGUACAGCUUGACGAAUACCGCGACCGUACCCGUCGUCGAGUGCGCGCGCGACGACCAUAAGUCACGACGACGACGACGACGACGACGACGGCAUUUCACUCGGACGACAGCAGCCGCACACCGAUGGCGCACGACGACGAAGACGAUCCGUCCGUCGCCUCCGCCGCGGCUGCGGCUUCGGCCUUUGCGAUCAGCUGCAGGUUAUGCUGCAUGCCUUCGCUGCCCGAAAAUCAACGGCAUCCAAUUGUCGCGGUCUCGGACGGCUGUGGCGGGACACGCCCCGGCGACAACGACUUGCGCGACACCAUUGUCAAGCACCUGCGGAUACAGGUAUCAGAGGAUGAUGGUUUGUCCAAAUUUGUAUGCACUGGAUGCUCGACAUUGUUAAAUGAAUGGGAUCACUUUUCUGAGAUGUGCUCAAGAAAUAACAACAUUCCCUUGAAACGACUUCCAGAUGGAAAUGAUAAAAAUGAUGAUGGUGAUGAAUCGGCGAACAAUUUAGUAAUAGACAUAACUGAUGAAGAUGAUGAACAAAGUUAUACAAGUAAAGAUAAAAAUAAGUCGGGAGCACCUAAAAAAUCAUUCCUUGGGGAACCAUCACCUGAAGAUUAUGUAUUAAUGAAAGAAGAAACAUUCAAUUUAGAACCAGUAAAGAAUGGACCAACAGGUGUUUUGGGUGACUAUUUAAUAGAGUAUAAUAAUUCCAAAAAGUUACCAACAGAAUUGAGUAAUGCUGAUAAAGACAUUGUUGAUAAUUUACGCAUCCGAAGAGAAAUUUUACCAUCCAUGUGGGAUGUAUUUGAAAAGACAAUUGAAAAGCUAAAAUCAGGAGAGUCAAGUUCAACAGUAGUAACUCAUAGGCGGUAUAUUAUCAAUAAAGGUGCAUUUCCAUGUUCAUUGUGUGGCGAAUGUUAUGAGUUUGAUCAAGGUGUUUGCCGCGAUGAAGAAGAACCUCAGCCACCGGUUGAAGUUGAUAUUCAACAACGUUUAUUCAUUUGUCCUACAUGUGGGAAAUCUUUCCCUCGUCGUAGCUCAUGGAAACGUCAUCAAAUGACUCACGAAGACGUGAAACCCUAUGUAUGCCGUGUUUGCACUAGUGGUUUCAAUCGCAAGGAACAUUUGAUGCGCCACAUGUUGUCGCAUAGUACUGUUAGACCAUUUCCGUGUGAACGGUGUGGUAAACGUUUUAUACGCAAAGAGCAUUUAGCCAGACAUCUUUUGUGCAUACCAAGUUGUUCUAAUUCGUCUGACAUGCCGAGACCUUUCUGUUGUGAUAUUUGCAAACAGAGAUUUGUGCGUAAAGAACAUUUGUUCAGACAUAGAAAACGGGCUCAUGAACAUGCAUUAAUAUUGGAUAAUCAAUUAGAAGAGAAACCGUUUGUGUGUUGGCAAUGUGGAAAAUGUUUUACUCGCUAUGAACAUCUACGCAAACAUUUGGAUAUUCAUAAUGGUAUAAUACCUUCAUCUUCAUCAGAAAUACUUCCUGAAGUAACUCUUUCGGAAAUAAGACCCGAAAAAUCUUUGGUAGAUAUUAAAACAGAAAAUUUAUCGGAGUCUGAAGGUGAACCCGAAGUUCUUCCUCCAGUGAGUGUGCUUGAACUCAACGAACAACAACCCGAACAAGCUAGACCAAAACCAAGCACGCUUUGUACUAUUUGCAAAAAGACCUUUUCUCGCCGUAGUCAUUUGUUGCGCCAUCUGAAGCGCAUACAUAAAGUAGAACCAGUGUUGACUAGAAGACGAGUAAACAAAUCUGGUGACGAAAAUGGAAAUUCUAUAGAAGAUACCAAAUGGGAAUGUCAUACGUGUGGAAAGACAUUUUCCAGACAAGCUCAUCUUGAAAGGCAUGAAAAAAAUUUGCAUAGCGAAGAGCGUAUGGUGCCUGCCCCAUAUGAAUGUGUGUCUUGCGGCCAGGCCUUCUUCGAUAGCAAUUUACUCAACCAGCAUAUGGCAACCCAUGGAAAUACAGUGACUGAUAAUUUUGUUUGGAUGUGAAGUGGUUUAAUAUUGGGUUUUUUAUUUAUAAUUUGAUUCUGGGUGUGUUAAUAGCUUACACGAAUUUGGCUUGGCAGCAUUUUAAAUUAUGUUGCAUCAUAGUAUGUUUUAUAAAUAUAUAGAACUUAACAGAUCAAUAUUGCCUGUCAGUAGUGUCAGUCGAUUGGUAUAUUAAAGAAAACUAAUAAAAAAAAGAGUCAGUUCAACUAUCAAUAUUGAUCCCUUAAUAGUUUCAAAUUAUGGACAUGCUAUACUGUAUUUAGUUUUAUUUAUUGGCUAGCUAUCUUGACUUGCUAAUAUUUUUUUUAUUAUUAUUACUAUUUUAUGUAUACAGGGUGACCCCCCCAUGAUUUCCUGUUUUCCUGUUAGUUGAAUGCGAAAAAGUAGGAAAUACAGUGGGCUGGGCCACCGUACAUAUUAUGUACAAUUUUAACAUCUUUUUGUUUAUUUUCAUAUAUUGUUAUCUACAGUGUAGCCUAUUCGGACCAAAAGUCAAACAAAGGCUGUAACAUAAUAAUUUAAGUAAAAAAAAAUUUAAUAAAACUUAGUUAUUGUGUGUUAACAAUCAUUGACGUUAUUUACCAAAAUUGAGAAAUUUUUUGUUUACCAAUACAGACUUUUCCAAAAAUAUUAAUGAUUACUACAUCAAUUUAUCUUAUUGUUAUUAUAUAAUAUUAUACAGGGUGGACUUUUAGUCCGUAAAAAAAAUACUUGGUAUUUUAUUAUAUUUCGUCUUAAACUUGUUUUAUUUUUUAAAUUCUACAACUUUGUUCAGAUUUUAAAGUUUUAUUUAAUUAAUUGUCAUUAUUACUUUUUGACUAAUUUAAUGAUUAUGUUAAUACCAAAAAUUGUAAAUAGAAAAAAUUUAAUGACAUGUUUUAUUUAUUCAUUGAUAACAAAAUAUUUUAAGUUUGAAAGAAUCGUGAUAUUUAGCUUUUUAUUAUUUCAGUCUUUAAGUGUGGUCAAUGAAAUAAUACUUUUAACAUAUUUAAUUAGGAUCAAUUGUCCAUUAUGAUAUCGUUAUUAUAUUCUGUAUUCAUUGUUUACCUUUAUUAUUGUAACAUAUUACAUAGUUAUGUUUUGUUUUUUUUUUCAUCAUAAUUUUUAUUAUUAUAUUAUUAUUACUUACCAAGGUGGUUUUUAUUUAUCAUAUUUUAUAUAAAUACGUUUAAUUUUAAUUAAGUAUAGUGUAUGAAAAUAGUUGUCAUACUAUCACCAUGUGGGUACCUUCUAAAAAUCUUAACAUAUUGAAAAUGUUUUAAAUUAUGAAAUCUAAUUUUUUAGGUAUUGAAAAUUUAAUUCCAACAUUAUACAGUUUUGAUUGCUGUUUUUUUUUUUUUUAAUAAUAAUCUUAUUUAGUUUUUUGAAUAUGUAAAUCAAUUAUUUAUCUUGGUUAUGACAACUAUUUACUCAAACAUUUUGUUUAAUACUAUAUUUAUAUUAUUAUUUAUCAUCAUAUUCUAUAUAUAUAAAUAUAUAUAUAUAGAUUUUAUAUAUAUUUAUAUUAGACAUUUAAGACAAAAAUGUUCUCUGGAGAUGGUGGGUUUUGGGUUUAUUUUUGUUUUUUAUCUACACGUUUGCUCAAUUUCCAUUUUACACCAAUAACAUAUGUACACACGUGUUAUUGUCUAGAUUAAUUGAAUUUUAUUUUGUUCGUUUUGAUUAUUUCAGAACAACUUAAAUACAAUAAUCGUAAUAUUAUUAUUAUAAUUUUGUGUUUUUAAACUAUUUUAUAUUUAUUUUAUUGUUUAGUGAUACAAUUAAUGUUAACAUUUAUUAAAGCACUUUUUAUAAAAACCUAUUAAGUUGCUUUUAAGAAUAAGUGUCCCUCCCACCACACUCCAUUGUUUUUCACUUAUCGUUUGUUUGUUUGUUUAUUUAAUUUUUAUUAUUAUUAUUAUGUUUUUCUACUAACUUAAUUGCAACCAAUGCACUUACAUUUUUAUAAACGACUGAGAUAUAUGACACAUUUCGUAUAAUAAAUUUUUAAUCAUUUUACUAUUUUAUAUAGUUAUAAAAAAUAUAUCAGUUCAUUUUUCAAAUGAUUAAAAAUAAAUUGUUUAUUAUAAAACUAACUAAAAUGUAUUUAAUUACAUGCAAUUAAAGCAUAUUAUGCCGAUGUAGCUCUGUUUAAUAUUAUUAUAUUCAUCUGUGUAAUAUAUUAAUUAUCAGUUAUCUUUCAUUGCAAUCAAGUUGUAUUUAUAAGUACAACUUGAUUGCAAUAAUUUAUUAAUAUGUUUACCUAUUGUUAUUUUUUAUUAUUAUUAUUUAAUUUUCAAUAGUUCAUGAAGUCUUCAGAAUAAUUAUGAUGUAUUUUAUUUAAUUGUUUUAACAGUGUUGUUGAACCUGACAUAUAUCUUUAGACCGCAAAGUGAUAUUAAACGAAUAAAUUCAUUUUUUAUAAACUGA